AUGUCUCUACAGUCCGAAAAGAGCCUCCCAGACCUGACCCGGCUACCCUCCUUCCCUUCCAAGCCUCGGAUCUUUAUCCUCUCCGACAUCGAGAACGAGCCCGACGACCAGCAAUCCCUCGUGCGAUACCUUCUGUACUCGAAUGAAUUCGAUACCCGUGGCAUCUGCGCUGUCACAUCAGCAUGGCUGCCUACACGCACUGCCCCAGAAUCGAUGCGCAAAAUCAUCGGGGCCUACGGGCAUGUUGUCGACAAUCUUAACAAGCACGUCCAUCCGGAUGCGCAGUACCCGACCGAGGAGUAUCUUCAACAGCUCGUCUCAUCGGGUGCACAGGUAUACGGCAAAGAAGCAAUGAAUUUGCCGCUUAGCCGAGGAGCACAGAACCUAGUUGAUAGACUGGAAGAGUCUCCAGAUCCCCUAUGGGUGAUUAGCUGGGGCGGAACAAACGUCCUCGCCGAAGCGCUGCAUCAUAUUCGCAAGACUAGACCCCCUGAGAUCGAGGCCGCCCUGCACUCGCGUCUUCGGGCCUACACAAUCUCGGAUCAAGACGACACUGGAGAUUGGAUCCGCGUUACAUUCCCAAAUGUUUUCUACAUCGGCUCCAUCCAUGGCUUCGGGUGCUUCGACAUGUCGGCCUGGCAGGGCAUUUCGCAUCCCAUUUCUCGCGGCGACCUGUCCAAGGUGUCUCCAGAAUGGCUGAAGGCUCAGAUCCAGAAGGGCCCUCUGGGCGCGAAUGGCCUGGGUAGUCCGGAUCACCCUAGCUUUGGCAGCUGGGGUGGUCGUUAUAGUGCUGUCAAUGUGGGCAGUGCUCGCUACGCCGAUGUCGUCGAUACUAUUAUUGACGUCGACCGUACAAGGCGUACUGAUAACAAAGCAACCAUAUGCCGCUGGCGCGACCAUUACCAGAACGACUUCGUUACUCGCAUGCGCUGGACGUUGACGCCUGAUUUCUGGGCAGCCAGCCACCCUCCCGUUCCGAUUGUGAAUGGCCACCGUGGCCCAGCCUUUAUGAGACAGGCCGUCAAGUCGGGCGACACCAUCAUUCUUAACGCCAGCGACUCGUAUGAUCCUGAUUAUCCUGGAGAUGAUUCCCAGCUGGAAUUUCAGUGGUAUCAGUACCUGGAGCCGACCCUGAACCACCCUAUCGGUGCCGAGGCAGUGCCGCGAUGUGUCAUUGAACCUUCUUCAGAGGCGGGUGGAAAGCUCGAGAAGAACGACUGUGGCUUCCAAGAUGUGACGUUUGGUCCUGUGGUCAAGGUUACGAUUCCUGACAGCAAAAAGCCGGGAUUUUUCAAUUUCCCGGCCCAGCAUUGGCUUCCGUAUACGGGUCUUGAUGGAAUGUCAUAUCAUAUCAUCUUGCAGGUCUCUAAUAAGAAUGCAGAGUUCCCUGUACGGAGGUAUAUCAGAGUCAUUCUUGAUGCUGGCAUUUCUUGA